UCACGAAUGCAUUGCACAGUGAUCCACCGCUCGUCCUGACAUCGCAAUCCUUUGUAAAAGAAGAAGAAGAAGAAAACGGACAAACAAUGGAUUGUGCUGUUGACGAUUUCAAGAGAAUGCUUCAUAAGAAAGCAUCUGGCCUGAAAGAGUCCUCUUCAGUUAAGAAGUGUGAUGUCAUAUUGUACUUCUGCCCCAUUACUUCACGAGCAGGAACUGAUAUUGAUGCUGCAAUGAAGCACCUUAAUCAAAUCACAAGCGACUUACAAGCUUCCAAACUUGCCAUCGUUGUGGUGCUCCAUAUCACGUUUGACCCAGAUAAAAUAAUAUCUGACAGUGAAAAAAUUAUCAAGCAAGAGAACACAUAUGCUGUAGACUGUCUGCUUUGUGAAACUGAUGGAUUACUGGAAUGUCAGAAGAAUGCAGAAGCAAUUAAAAAGACUGCAAAUCACUUCAAAAGCAAGAAGCUGACUUCAUUUUAUUGCUUGACAAAAGAUGAUAGGAACACUUCUUCACCCAUAUACGAGAAUACAGAAAGUACCCCGCUGAUUCACAGUGACGACUCAAGUGAAGGAGUCAUACAAAGACAAGAAGAUGUACCAAGACAAGAAGACAAACUAAGACAAGCAGACAAACUAAGACAAGAGGCUUGUUGUUUUUGUGGGGUUUGCUUCUUCUUUUGUUGUGGUUGGCUUUGUGAAUGUAAACCUUAUAAAAGAAUAUGUGCAUGUUGUCACUGUCAGAAAUAAUUAGUGGCUGUGUAGCUUGAUGAAAUCAAACUAUCAUGAAAACAACUGUAAAAAAAUAUCAGUAAAUUAUCAGUUUUCCAUAUCUUGUGAUUCAUGUUUUUAUUUUUCCCCCUUUGUUUAUGCUUUUGAACAACUUUUAAUCUUUAAAGAUCGAAAAAGUGACAUUGAUUUACAUUUUUGAUAGCUUAAAGAGUUUGUCUGGGUUGGUGUUGUAUAUUACGGUACAUAUACUUAUUUUGCUAUACUUUAUUUCUAUCUCUAUACAUUAUAUUAGUUCAAACUAUUACAAACUAUUCAAUAGAGCAGCAACCAACAUCCAAUGAUGCAAUUCACAACUGUGAAUAAAUGAAAAACGCUUGUGAAAUCACAAAAUAUGGAAAAUUUUUAAUUAAAGUAAUUAAUUAACAGAUAUUUUUUUACAUUGUACAGAGAAACAAAGAGUGCAGCAUAAAGAGACUUAAACUCUGAAUACAAUUAGCAAGCAACUGGCUCUGACAAAUACAUAAAGAUAUUUUAUUUUGAUGCUGGGUACAUAGUUGGUUACAUGUAAUAUGUGUCAUGAUUAAAAAUGAAGUACUUCUAAUAUCAUUAUUUUACAAAUUAAAUAUAACUCAUAGCCAUAUUAAAUUAUGUUUUAUAAUUAAUGACAUGAUUGCAUUAUGCUUUACUACUGUGAAAUCAUAUACAACUCUCGAGUCUGGUAUUUGAAUUUGAUUGGCUGAGAGGCCUCCACUAAUACCACCACAGAGACCUCUUCGCCAUGUCACUCCAUAUACCAGGGGUCACCAAUCUCAUUCCUGAAGGUCCGGUUCCUGCAGGGUUUAGCUCCAACUUGCCUCAACACACCUGCCUGUGUGUUUCAAGUAUACCUAUGACCUUGAUUAGCUUGUUCCAAGUGUGUUCGAUAAAUCUGCACAACACCGAACCUCCAGGAACAAGUUGGUGAUCCCUGAUAUAUACUAUAUGUCAUGGACUAAAGUCAAAUACUGCUGUUGUGUUUUAUUUUAGGCAAAAAUGUAGUUGUUUAGACUUUAUAUAAAAGGUUUGUUAGUAAGGAUAACACCUAUUUGAAUUUUUGUUUCAAUGAUUUUGGAGAUAUCAGGAUGACAGUGGUUGUUUAGCUAAAGAACCUGUCAACCUUACCUCAGACACUUAAUCUGGAAUCUGCCAUUGCUCUUUGACAUACAUCUCUAUAGUGGUUAAACAUGAUGUAAUUUGUUUUGGGUAUUGACAAUUUUUUUUUCUUAAACAAUUCAAUUAUUUGUUUCUGAGCAAAUAGUUCUGACUGAGGACAAAGUAAAAAUUGUAAUUAUUAAUUAAGUAAUGUAUCAAAUUGUGGCCAUUUUUUAAUUUAACUGGUUUCCUUGUGUCUUGGUUAUAAAUAAAGUUUUUUACUUUGUCCUCAGUCAAAUCUAUUUGCUCAGAAACAAAUAAUUGAAUUGUUUAAUAACAAAUAUUGUCAAUACCCAAAACAAGUUACAUCAAACACUAUACAUACUGUAAAUAAUAUUAUUUAAUAAAACUAUUCUGUA